ACUACCUUGGCGUUACAAGCGCCGUGCUCUACCAGCUGAGCUACAGAGGACCACAUAUAGCAAAUAUUACGGUAUCGGUGAGGAUGCACUGGCCACCGUGGAGAGCGUGGACCGUGUUGUCACGGUUGAGGAGGAUAAUGAGCCCACCCUGGACCAGGAGGACCCAGUCCUUGUUCAGUAUGUGGUUGAGGAGGUUGGGCACCGGCCCUGUCUGGCUUUAAUCCCUUGGUCUGGACCUCUGUGGGUUCCCAGCUCUCCAACAUAUUACCUUACCCAAGCUGGGAGGAUGCUGGUGAGAGAGCUGGCAGUGUUAAACACGCAGAUAUUCACAGUGGAGCAGCCCAUUUUCAUCAGUUUCACUCCUGCUAGGAGGAUGGUAUGGAAUGAACUGUCCUCUCAAAAUGAACAGUAUGUGGAUGAGGAGGUUGGGCACCGGUCCUGUCUGGCUUUAAUCCCUUGGUCUGGACCCUUGUGUGUUCCUAUCUUUCCUGUCUUCUCCAAGGCCAAACCAGUCUACUACCUCACUCGUGCUGGGAGAAUGCUGGUAACAGAGCUUGCAGUGUUAAACACACAGACUUCCAAAUUGGUUAUUGAGGAGCCUACCAUUCACCUCACUGAAGCUGGGAGGCUAGUGCUUGACGAACUGUCAGCACCUUCAGAUAGCCAUUCACAGCCAAAUAGGGAAGACUCUGGUUUUCCCUAUGAGAAGUUGCAGCUGGUUGGGAACUGGGGUUCGUUUCAUUUCCAUUACUGGAAUAUCCAUUAUGGACGAGUGCAGGGUCUCGUCCAGGUGGUCCUCACCAACAAGAAGCUGACUGGUAUUAAGUUCCUUGGUAGAAGGAUCCAUGGACUCAUGUCCUGCCUUGUCAAGAGGAGGUCUGAGUUCACCUAUUAUGAGGAUGCCCAGUGGAGGGGUACCAGGAGAGGGGGGAUGAGAUGA